AUGUCUAUCUGGGACUCUCUCGGCGGUCGCAAGCAAAAGCAAGGCCCCGAUGCCUUCGACCCUACAUCCUCCCAAGACGCUACAUCUUUCCUCUCCGAGGUCGCGCUCUCCGAUCCCUCUCGUCUCCAUCCCCUGGCCGGUCUGAACCAGGAUACUCUCGAUUACCUCAGUCUCGAAGACUCCGCACUCGAUGAACUCCCCGGCUCCCGAUCAGUGUUGCCCUCGCGUGGAUGGUCAGACGACCUUUGUUAUGGUGCCGGCACCACUUAUCUCGUCGCACUCACUCUUGGAGGCGUUUGGGGUCUCGCAGAAGGAUUGAAUAAGACAGCGCCUACAGCGGCACCUAAGAUUCGUCUCAACGGUGUACUUAACUCGGUGACCCGACGCGGUCCGUUCCUCGGAAACUCGGCCGGUGUUGUGGCUAUGGUUUACAACGGUUUCAACUCCGGUAUCGGAUACGUUCGUGGAAAGCACGAUUCUUCCAACAGCAUCGCUGCGGGUGCGAUGAGUGGUAUGCUUUUCAAGAGCACGCGCGGACUCAAGCCUAUGAUGAUCUCUGGCGGCAUUGUGGCUUCUAUUGCCGGCGGUUGGGCUGUGACACGAAAGGCCUUCUUCUAG